GCGGGGCGGCGGCUGGGGCUGGGGUUGUCGCUGGCGGCGGGCGGCGGACGGCGCCGAGGGACGCAGCGCCCGGCAUGGACGAGGAGGGCGGCGGAGGAGGCGUGCCUGAAGACCUUUCAAUAGAAGAGAGAGAAGAACUUCUAAACAUUCGUCGCAGGAAAAAAGAACUAAUUGAUGAUAUUGAGAGGUUAAAAUUUGAAAUAGCAGAGGUUAUGACAGAAAUUAAUAACUUGACAAGUGUGGAAGAAAGCAAAACUACCCAGAGAAAUAAGCAAAUAGCAAUGGGAAGGAAGAAAUUCAAUAUGGACCCGAAGAAGGGAAUCCAGUUCCUGAUAGAAAAUGACCUUCUGCAGAACACUCCAGAGGACAUUGCACAGUUCCUUUAUAAAGGGGAAGGACUAAAUAAAACUGUAAUUGGAGAUUACCUUGGUGAAAGAGAUGAAUUUAAUAUUAAAGUUCUUCAGGCUUUUGUUGAACUCCAUGAGUUCGCUGAUCUCAAUCUUGUACAAGCCUUAAGGCAAUUCCUGUGGAGUUUCAGACUUCCAGGAGAGGCUCAAAAAAUUGAUCGUAUGAUGGAGGCUUUUGCUUCACGCUAUUGCCUUUGUAAUCCUGGAGUCUUCCAGUCUACAGAUACAUGCUAUGUGCUAUCAUUUGCUAUCAUUAUGUUAAAUACCAGUCUACACAACCAUAACGUAAGAGAUAAACCAACAGUGGAAAGGUUUAUAUCUAUGAAUCGUGGCAUUAAUGAAGGAGGAGACCUUCCAGAAGAAUUGCUACGGAAUUUGUAUGAAAGUAUUAAAAAUGAGCCAUUUAAAAUUCCAGAGGAUGAUGGGAAUGACCUGACGCACACAUUUUUCAAUCCAGAUAGAGAAGGUUGGCUGUUGAAAUUAGGGGGAAGAGUGAAAACAUGGAAACGGAGAUGGUUUAUUCUGACUGAUAAUUGCCUGUAUUAUUUUGAAUACACAACAGACAAAGAACCUAGAGGAAUUAUUCCUUUGGAAAACCUUAGCAUAAGAGAAGUUGAAGACCCUAGGAAACCAAAUUGCUUUGAGCUUUAUAACCCUAGCCACAAAGGUCAAGUAAUUAAAGCCUGUAAAACGGAAGCUGAUGGGAGAGUGGUAGAAGGCAACCACGUUGUGUACAGGAUAUCUGCUCCCACCCCAGAAGAGAAAGAAGAAUGGAUCAAAUCUAUUAAAGCAAGCAUCAGCAGGGAUCCCUUCUAUGAUAUGCUAGCAACAAGGAAAAGAAGAAUUGCUAAUAAAAAAUAACACAGACAAGAGUCACUUAUGGACCCGCAUUUGUCAUUCUAUAAAUGGAUAUAAAACCGUGUGAUAAGGUAACGUAAAAAUGAAACAAACUAAAUGAAGAAAGAUUUUGGAUAUCUAUCUAUCUAUCUAUCCAUAUAUACACAUGCACACCAUUUAAUACAGCAUUAUACCCUUUGUAAGACCAUCCAGAGGAGAGGAUUACUUCACAGAUAAUAUUGAAGCAAGCUUCCCAAAGGAUGAUGGUAAUUUGUUUAUGCUGUCUGAGAACAUUGAAGCCUUAUAUGCAUUGGUAUUUGUUGCAAUUUUGUAGGACCUCGGCAAAAAAAAUCAGGCUAAUACUAAAAUACUAGGGGUAUACCAAUAAAGAUUGUUUUUGGCUGAUAUUGGUGGCUGCUUAUUAACGAGUCAUAUUGGCCGAUAGCGGUCCAAUUGCCAAUAUGCAGCCUGGUAGCUUGGAGAUCAGCGUCCAGCCAGUAAAGAGAAGGAGCUAUGGGGGGUGUAGAUCGAGGUCCCCAUUGUGAGGGAGGGAAUGGGGCUUGGGCAGGGGAAGGGGCAGGUGCUGCCCAGCUGGGGCAACAUGGGGCACAGGAUGGAGCUGUCUGCGGCUUGUCCAGGAGGUAUGGGGGAGUGCAGAGGGGUGGCGGCAGCUCCCUACACUGGAGGCAUGGGGGCAUAUGUCCCCCAAAUUUGUGCGCAGGGUGAGGGUGGGCAGCCCACUAAAGCCUCUUCCAAGUGGGGUGGGGCUGGGCCAGAGCUGUGCUCGGAGCGGGUGGGGGUGGGGGUGGGGCGGGCAGCAGCAGUGCUGGAAGGGGGGGUUGUAGAGUGGCUACAGCCACCCCAAAAUUUUCCAUAGUCACCCCGUAGAACCCCCUUCCAGCACUGCUGCUGCCUGCCCUGCCCCCACCCACCCCAAGCACAGUCCUGGCCCAGCCCCCCGCCGGGAAGAGGCUGGCGCAGCCCCUGGCCCUGAACCCACAGUGGGCAGGCUGUCCAAGCCCCAUUACAGAUCAUGGUGGGGGGAUGUGCCCCCCAUGCCUCUCCUGGGGGUGUGCACAGUGACGGGAGCCACCCCCUUCCAUGCCCCUCCAUGCUCCCCAGAUGAACUGCCCGUGGUUCCAUUCUGCCCCUGCUGGGCACCGCUUGACCCUGCCCUAGCCCCAGCCCCAGCCCUAUUCCCUCCCUCACCAUGGGGGCCCCAAUCUGCCUCAUGCCCCCUCAUGCCUCUUCCACCUUACAAACCUACCGGCUGGAUGCUGCUCUCCAUGCCGCUGGGCUGCAUUCCUGGUCAUGUGCAUGCUGCAGCUGCGCACAUGCAUGCAGCUUUUAUCUCUGACAUUAUCAGCCACAUUGGUCAAAAAAGACGACUGGUGAUAAUGUCAAUUUUUCUUUUAUCGGUGCCAAUACAGUAUGGACAGAUGUAUCUGUGCACCUCUGUAAAAUGUUUCCCACCUGUCCUUUGGGCCUGUUGCCAAUGACGGAACAGAUUAUAAUGACUCUGACGAGGUGACACAUCAUAAUACCAUACUCAAAACUGGUGUAAAGGACUCAGCAUAUCCAUCUUUCUUUAUGCCAAAACCCUUGUUAAUGCUGGUUGUUCAAAACUCAUUCUUAGCAGUGCAGAGGCAUUGCAUUUAUGGAAAAUCAGUGGGCAAUGGGUUGAGCUUUCAUUUAGAAUUUUCUCCCACACUGAUUAAUAGAAUUACCCUUUUUAACACAACUUUGUUAUUAGUCUGGCAGCUGUAUAAUCAACUGACUUCCCCCUACCCCCAGCACAUGCAGUAGAUGUGUACCACAGAUAUGCAGCUCCCAAAGGUGUUAGUUUAUGGGUUUAAAAACAUGAUGUUUAGAGUACAGAUGUACUUAUUUUUGUUAGGAUACUAAACUUGUUGAAUUCUUAUGAUAUUAAUAAUCAGUGAGAUGUAAUAAGAAGUAUAACCUUGGAUCUGCCUUCUUUGUUCAUCACCUUAUACUUUAGUAUAUACUAUAGUAUUAUAUACAGUUACUGAAUUGACAAAUAAGACGACAGGGCUGGCAUUGUUACUAGAGUGUCUGAUUUUUGUGUGUGUGUAAAAUGCCCCGAAUAUUUUUAUAUAAAACAUUAAAAAAAAAAAAAAAGGCCGUGUUACUGAUCUCCUUACUUGUGGAUGUAACUGCAGGAACAUUCAUGCCUAAUUUACAAGUAAUCCAAAGCAGGAUAUGGCUUUUUAUUUGACAUUCAUAUAUUCAAGUUUUGUGUAAAACAGGGCAUUUCCCUGUGUUCUCAGCUUUAUAAACAUGAUCUUUCAAAUCUGGUUACUAAUGAUUUUAAAUUGGGGUAGAGGGGAGUAGAUUCACGACCUCCCAUCUCAGUAUUUGAUCUUAUACCGUCAACUCUAUAGCACCUAUAUACCUAUAAUAUACUAUCUAGUAUAAACUGUACUUUGUCAAGUAUCUCGUAAAGACUGGUUGAGUGUCUUUUUUAUGUCAUUCUUGAUUUUCUUUCAUAACAGCCAUUUUCUAAAUCACUAACUCAUGUUUCAACUUCAUUUAUUGCAACGUUUCCUCCCUCCAAUUUAAAUUGUACAGGAAUCUCUUGGUGCUCAGCAUUGAAUAAAAUGCUGAAUUGUAUCCAAGGGCAAAAAGUCUUUUGGACCUUGCUGCUGUGCUAAUGCUUUUGUGGCUUUCCAUGCACUGUUUCAACCUGAGUCAUGGCAGCUGUGCCAUUAGCACUUUGGAGAUCCCAUCCUUCAAAGAGAACAUAAGAAGUGCCAUACUGAAUCAGACCAGUGGUCCAUCUAGCUCAGUAUCCUGUCUAUGACAAUGACAAGAGUGGAUGCUUUAGAGGGAAAGCACUGAACUGGAUAUAUGUAGAGCAAUCUGUCCCCUGUUCAUUACCUUCCCUGGCAUCCACUAUUAUUGGUUUAGAGAUGCCAGAGGAAACACCUCUAUUCAACAACUUUGUAUAAAUCUAUCAUCCACGAAUGUCUCUAGGUCCUUUUUGAACCUGGCUGUGUUAUCCUGUGGCAAAGACUUCUACAAGUUAACUACUCAUUGCAGAAAAAGUACUUUUCCUUGUUAGUUUUAAACCUGUCUUCUACUAAUUUCAGUGGGUGCCUCCAAGUUCUAGUAUUCUGGGACUUGGUGAAUAACAAUUCCCUGUUCACUUUGUCUACACGCUUCACGAUGACCUCUCUCAUCUUCAUGCUCUGCCUUUUUCCUUUCCAACCUGAAGAGUUCUAACCUUUUUAGUCUCUCCUGGUAUGGCAGUUGCUCCAUACCCCUGAUCAUUUUGUUGCCCUUCUCUAUACCAUUUCUAAUUCUACUACAUCCUUUUGUAGAUUUGGAGACCAGAACUGCAUGCAGCUUUUAAGAUACAGGCACACUGUGGAUUUGUAUAAUGGCAUGAUGAUAUUGCCUGUUUUGUUUUCAGUUCCCUUCUUAAUGAUUGCCAACUAUUUAUUGACUGUUUUGGUCACCACUGCACAUAGAGCUGAUGUUUUUAGAGAACUGUCUACAAAGACUCCGAGGACUCUUUCCUGAGUUGUAACAGCUAAUUCAGAAACCAACAUUGUGUACAUAAAACAGGUUAUUUUUCCCCACGUGUGAUCUUGCACUUGUUGACAUUAAAGUUCAUUUGCCAUUUUUUGCCUUAGCUUGGUGAAAUCUUUCUUCAUCUUAAGUUUUGACUAGCUGGAAUAAUUUGGUAUCAUCUGCAAACUUGGAGAUUUCACUGUGUACCCUUGUUAGCAUAGGGAAUCAUUCUGCAGAGGUAGGAACAUUGCCUAAUGAAUCUUUCCCUCUCUCUGAUUUUGAUUAAAGACAAAGUAAGUCUGCAUCAAGUCUUCCAUCCUAUUAACUUACCUUAGUCUAUAUUGGAUCUGAGAUCAGCAUGUGUGGAGUGUAUGCACAUUUCCUUUUCCAUACUGGCUGAGAGAAAGGAAUGGAGUUAAAACUGAACUGAAUUGACUUUCCCUUUUGUGAUUUUUCACAAUAAAAAAAGAAAAGAAAAAGAUGUGGAGCCCUUGAGGGGGAGGGGGAGAAAUAUGAUGAAGGUCUGUAAAAUUAUGAAUAGCUUGGAAAAAUGGAAAUGGUAUGAAAAAAUGGUGUCUUUUGAUCUAGGACAGGAGCUGGCACUUUUACCAAAGGCAGGGCUGGGUGAUUCAUUCCCCCUCCCCCCACUUGACUCCUGCUGCCCAGUGUGCUGCCAACAGGUGUAACUGGUAAGUUUUGCAUCCUGGGCAGCAUGGAGGCUGGCAACCCAGUGGUCCUUAUACCCUUUUUGAUCUCACGUGCCACCCUACCCCUUUGGGAGAUGCACUUGCUGCAGGGGUAGAUGUUGGCACACCCAGCAGCCAGGGGGUUAAUGCAGAAUCUGUUGGGUGUAGGGACCCUCUCACACCCCUUAUUUCAUAAUUUCAUAGUUGGUAGGGUCGGAAGGGACCUGAGCAGAUCAUCAAGUCUGACCCCCUGCCAUAGCAGGAAAGAGUACUGGGGUCAAACGACCCCAGCAAGGUGUUCAUCUAGCCUCCUUUUAAAGACCCCCAGGGUAGGAGCCAGCACCACUUCUCUUGGAAGUUGGUUCCAGAUCCUAGCCCCCCUGGCAGUGAAGUAGCGCCUCCUGAUGUCUAACCUGAAUCUACCCUCUGCCAGCUUGUGACUGUUAUUUCUUGUCACUCCUGGGAGUGCUUGGGGGAACAGGGACUCCCCCAAUGCCUGCUGGUCCCCCCUGACCAGUUUGUAAACAGCCACUAGGUCCCCCCUCAGCCUUCUCUUGUGGAGGCUGAACAGGUUCAGGUUCCUUAAUCUCUGCUCAUAGGGCCUGCCCUACUGACCCCUGAUCAUGUGGGUGGCCCUCCUCUGGACCUCUCCAUGUUGCCCACAUAUCCCUCCUGAAGUGCGGUGCCCAGAACUGGAUGCAGUACUCCAACUGCAGCCUGACCAGUCACAUAGAAGGGGAGGAUCACCUCCUUGGACCUGCUUGAGAUGCAUCUGGAUGCAUGACAAAGUGCAGUUGGCCUUCCUGACUGCAUCCCCACACUGUUGGCCCAUGUUCAUUUUGGCAUCAAUAAUGACUCCCAAGAUCCUUUUCUGCCUCUGCACUGACAAGAAGGGAGUUCCCCAGCCUGUAGGUCUGCUGCUGGUUCUUCCUCCCCAGGUGCAGCACCUUGUACUUGUCAGUGUUGAAACCCAUCCUGUUCUCAUCCACCCACCCUGUAACCUGUCUAGGUCCGAUUAUAACCUAUUCCUCCCUUCUGGCGUGCCCACUUCUCCCCACAUCUUGGUGUCAUCUGCGAAUUUGAACAGGGUGCUUUUUACACCCUUGUCCAAGUUGCUGAUGAAGAUAUUAAACGGUGCGGGCCUGAGGACCGAGCCCUGGGGGCCCCCACUGCCCACAUCUCUCCAGGUCGAAAAUGACCUGUCCACCACCACUCUCUGGGUGCGGCCCUCCAGCCAACUAGUGACCCAUUUGAUUGUGUAGGUGUCGAUGCCACAGUCCCCUAGUUUUUUAAUGAGAAUGGGGUGAGAGACAGUGUCGAAGGCCUUCCUAAAGUCCAGAAAGACUACAUCCACUGCUACACUGUCUAAGGAUUUUGUGAUCUGGUCAUAGAAGGCCAUCAGGUUGGUCUGACAGGACCUGCCUCUAAUGAACCCGUGUUGGUUGCCCCUAAGCAUAAUCUUCCCUGCUGGUCCCUCACGGACAUGCGCCAGGAUAACUCUCUCAAAAACCUUACCUAAGACCGAGGUAAGACUGACUGGCCUAUAGUUUCCUGGGUCCUCCUUCCUCCUUUUUUUGAAAUUGGGAACCACAUUGGCCCUUUUCCAGUCCUCUGGCACUACACCAGAGCACCAUGAGCGCUCGUAAAGCCAUGCCAGGAGUCCCGCUAUGACCUCUGCCAAUUCCCUCAGCACUCUGGGGUGGAGAUUGUCAGGACCUGCUGAUUUAAAUACAUUCAGUCCCUCCAGAAGUUCCCUGACUAGGUCCUCACUGACUCUAAGUCUGGGUGCGCCUCCCCUGGGACCUACAGGGGUCCCAGUGUGGGGGGUGACCCAGUCCCUGCUCAGAAAAAUGGAGGCAAAGAAAUCGUUAAAUAGGUUAGCUUUGCUGUCUGGUGCAAUGACCAGAUUUCCUAGUGUGUCCUGCAGAGGCCCCAUGUUACCUGGUACCUUCUUUUUACCCCUUAUGUAUUUAAAAAAGGACUUCUUGUUGUCCUUGAUCUGGGUAACUAGUCCCAGUACCAUCUCCGCCUUGGCCUUCCUGACCACCCCCCUGCGGCCCUGAGCAACCGAGGUAUAGUCCUCCCUGGUGAUGGCCCCACUCUUCCAUUGGGUGUACACCUCCUUUUUAGCUAGGAGAUGUUCCCAUAUGCUAUUUCAACUGCCACCACUGAUAUCUAUUACCAAGUACCACUGAUUCCCAACCUGCCAGCUGAUUCCCAACUGACCAAUGGUGAAUUUAUCAAUGAGAAAGGCAGUGGGUACAGUAGGAGGGUUGUGUUACCCUCUCGGCUAUGUUGACAUGUCCCCUGAAGCUGCGGUGUCUCUGGAGAAGGUCAUAAAGUCAUAGAGAAGUAGGGCCAGAAGGGACCUCAGAGGUUAUCUUGUCCAACCCCCUGCCUGAGGCAGCAUCAUUGCUAUCCCAACCAUCCCAUAAAACCAUAAUCUAAACUCUACAUAAGACUACCCUCAACCCUGACACAAUAUAGACCUAACACCCCAGCCUGCUAAAUGUAAUGUAGGGGAACCACAGCAGCCAAUGUCCUGCUUCUAUAAAAUGUUGUCAAUAUACCCUGAAGAAGUCCUGGGUAGUGGGGGGCCAUGCCCCCUGUUACAGAGGAAGUCCAUACCGAUCUGACCGUAGGGUAAAAUUCUUCCUGACCCCAACUAUGGAGAUCAGUCUGACCCUGAGUGGAGGGGCAAGACCCUUGAGGCAGGAACCUCUGGCUUUGCUCCUAAUAGGGAGAACUGGCACACUCCAGUUGAAGUCCCCAGCCUUAGCUGUAGCCAACACCCAGUGCCUCUGGAAAGGCUUAAAAACAUCCUGACACACAUAGCAGAAAAAGGAGCGGGGAAUGGGAGCGGGGGAUUCCACUGCCUCACUGUUCUCACAGCGAAGUUUUUCCAGAUAUCCAAUCUAAAUUUACUUUGCUGCAACUUCAGGCCAUUGGUCUGCGUCCUCCUCUCUGCAGUAAGAGACAAAUGAUUCCCUAGUUAUAUCCUCUACUUUCUGGAAGAGACAGUUGUCCUCCACACAAAUUAGGAACUGGCUUGACAUUUUAUGUUUGGUUGCAUUGUUCUUUCAGCAGGUGUCUGAAAAUCUGAAGUGUCCCAUCAGUACCAUCCCAUAGCUUUUCAAUAUAUUUGUCAGUUGCUGUAAGAGUGCCUUAUUCACCUCCUUUUCCUGAUUAUGUGGUCUGUAAUAAGUACCCAUCAUUAUAUUGGUGCUGCAUCUUUCACCUUUCAUCUUCACCCAAAUGCAUUCCUCUUUGCUGUCUUUUUCCUCCUGAACCAGGGAACAAGUAUAUGUGUUUUUGAUAUACAAGGCAACACUACUACUUUUUCUCCCAACUCUGUCCUUCCGAAACAGAGUGUAACCCUCAGUGUUCACAAUCCAGUCACAAGAGCAGGCCUCAGUGAUGUCAGUCAGAUUGUAGUUCUUUUCACAGGCUGCCACUUCCAACUCAUCUUGUUUAUUCCCCAUACUUCUUGCAUUUGUAUAUGUGAAUCAGAUAUAUUGUGCAUUUUCACCUCCUUGCUUCCUUUUUUUCCCACUUGUUGCAGUCCUGUAGCUCUCUGGUCCUCUUCCAAAGUUAAGUCGAUUCUUUAAGUCCUUUCCCCUCUGGACUGCGUGCUCUGUUACUGGAGGGUUUUGUUCACCAUCCCUCAUGGAACCUAGUUUCAAGUCCUCACUACGUUGGCCGUACAAUGCCCAAAGAUGUGCUUUCCCAUUCUUGUGAGAUGCAUCCCAUCUCUUAAUAGCAGAACAUCCCUCCUAAGAACAUCCACCCAUUGUCAAAGAAGCUGAAGCCUUCACCUUGACACCACCAUCUCAGUCAUGCAUUCACUACCAAGAUACAACGGUCUCUGCCUGGACCCCUGCCUUCCAUGGGAAGGACCUAUGAGAACAGAACUUGUACUCCAGGCUCCUUAAUCCUUCUGCCAAGAGCCCUAUAGUCACUUCUGAUCUGGUCAGUGUCAUUCCUUGCAGUAUUGUUAGUAUCUAUGUGGACAAGCAGGAAGAGGUAGUGGUCCAAAGUAUGGAUGAGCUUUUGCAGACUCUGUGACGUCCUGAAUACAGGCUCCAGGCAGGCAAUACACUUGAGCUCCCAAAUCUGGACAACAAAUUGAUGCCUUUGUCCCCUGCAGAAGGGAGUUACCGUCCACCACCACUCUUCUUGAUGGAGUGGUUCUGGAGCCCCUGUCUUCGGGGCCUUGCAUUUCCUGCUCUUUAGGCUGCUGCCACUUCUGCCUCAUGCAUGCAAAUCUCUUCUCUUUUUCCUCUUCCUCAGCAGUGCCAUUGUAGAGUGCUUGAAAGUGGGUGCUGACCUCAGUCCACUCCUCUUCAAUUCUGGGUGACCUCCUCCUUUGAGUAGUUACAUGCUGCCACUUCUCCUUAUUGCCCUUUAGCCCCUCCAGUACCAGCCUCUCGUAAUCCUUGUCCAGGUAAUCUUCCUGGUCCCGAAUGCAAUGAAGCAUGGAUACCGGUGAUUCCAGUCUGUGAAUCUUUUCUCAAAGGCAGAUGCCAGCUUACACUUAGUGCAGAUGAAGUGCUCCUGACCCUCUGGGAGGAACAGGAACGUGGCACAUCUGACACAACAGCCGUGUCGUAACAACUGACACGGACUCCAUUUGUGCUUCCUUUGCUUCCCGAGCACACCAGUGCUGUAAAGAUAAAAAACGAGGGUGGGAGAGGGGAAAAAACAAAGACACACCACAAGGACCUGCACACCAAGCAGCCGCACUAGGGUCCUUUGCCCACACUCCCACCCACGCCAGACCUUUGCAGCUGGAACCAAUCUCUUUGAGGGCCAGAUUCAGCCCACUGCCUGGCCUAGGAGAACUAGGCAGCACUCAGUGGAAUAAUCAGAAAGCAGAUGUAAACAAAACCCACAAUUAGCAUGUAAUAAGUCUGCAAUGCAACGGACUCGGAAGCAACAGAAGAAAGGAAAAUACCCCAAAAUAAAAUCGCUAAAAGAGUUUCUUGAACCACAGCGACAAAUUCUUUCUGGGUUACCUGCUAUCUUUCUCUCUGUGUUUGUCUUUGGAUUUUUUCUUUUUCUUUGAUUUCUUGUGUUUUUUCACCUUUUGCGCCUCCGAAGGCUCACGCUGCAGGGUCUUUUUGCGCUCCCUUUCUGCCUCACUGUCACUCUCGUCUCCAAUAGGGCAUCUUCUUUUUCUGUCCUUUACGUCCUCAUAUUUGAGGCAAGAAGUCUCAAAACUGGAAGUGUUUUCUCCCGCUGUAGGUGCACUUUUCUCUGAGGAAUACUUUUCAGAAUGCUGGGGGGGUGCUGGGCAAUGGUGAAAGUCUCCUUUGGAGCUGCUGAAGUUGCGUUUCUCUCUCUCCUUAGUGGCUGGCUCAUGAAUCCAUCGUGUCUUGUAGUAAUAGUCCUUGUAUGACCUAGGGUCAUAAAUGUGGCUUGGUUUCUCAUACUCUCUGUCCACGCGAGAGAACUUUCUUUCUCUCUCGACUGUCUCUUGGCGCAUGGAAAGGAUAAUAAUCAUAGUAAUAUCUACCUUUGUCCCACCUUCGUGGGAUGUCUUGGUAAUACCUCUCUCUAUUCCAAGAGCCUUCUCUCUUUGGAAGGUAAUACCAACCCCCGUCCUUAUCAUUUUGUUCUCUGCUGUGGGAUCUGUAAUCAGGAUACCUUCCGGAGCUUCUGCUGCUUCUUUCAUUAUGCAUGAGUUUGUAUUUGCUCCCAUUGUCAUGGUGCUUCUUGUAGUGAUGAUCUUGCUUCCCCCUCUCGCUGCUGUACGUUCGUCUCUUUCUGGAGUCACGACUUUCCAGCUUCUCCUCGUUUUCAGAGUGCCGUCUCUUUUUACAGUAGUGCUCCCUCUCCAUCUUCUUGGUGGUGCAGACCUUUUCUUUACCUGGAGAAUGUGUCUGAAGUUUUUGUCUUUCUUUGUCUUCUCCAAGUUUGUCAUUAUCGCUCAGUCCCUCAUUUUCCUUAGAAUAGCUCUCUAGAACCUUGCUCAGUUUUGUAGGAGAGUCCACAGCACUUUGUCCCUCUGGAUAGUCACUAGCACUGUGCUUUGUUUCUUGGCAUUUGUCUGUAACGUUUAAAGUAGAAAGUUUUUCGGAACUACAUUCACUGUCAGACUUUAUAAGGGAGCUUUGUCCCAGUUUCUCUACAGUCUCCGCAGGCCCUUUGACGUGCAGAGGAGUCUCCUUUAACAUCACCUUUGCUUCUUUUGGUCCUCUUGCCUUAUCCGCAGACUCCUCAAGAGCACGUUCCUCUUCAGUGCCCAAGGUUCUCUUCUUAGCUUUAUGCUGAUCAAUGAUGUCAGAAUGAUCCUCCUCCUUUCUCGCCACAGUAUUCUCUACAAUUCCUUCUUUGGUAGAAAUGGUCUCAGGAGCUGAUGCAGCAAAAGAAUGCCUGUUUGGGGGCCUCAGAUUCCUCUGAGUUGGGUGUUGCCAGUGGUGUUUAUGAGGUAGCAGGAUUCUAUGGUAUCACGUAUGAGGAUCUAUGAUAGCUCUUUGUAAUAAGUACGUGUUCAUUUGAGUAGUGGAGACCAGAUUGGCAGCACAGUUCCUCCUGAAGUGGGCCUUCAAGACCUUGGUCAUGAUGUAGCUCUGGUACUAACUGCAAUUAUGGCCAUGAGCCACCAUUUUAGUGGUGAUGUGCUGAAGGACAGCCUGGUUGCCAUGGCUUGUCCUGAGUGACUUCUGGAUUUCCUUUUGGCCUCAAAUGGCAUAGACACUGGGUGCUGGUCUGUGGUGACCUAUUCCAGUUUGGUUCUCAUAGUCAUCCCACUGUAGCCCUGAACCAUGUCCCCAGGUUGUGUGGCUUGUGAGAAGGCCUGGUCUGACUUCAUGCAGAGCAGUACGUAUGCAAGGUUGCAUAUGAGCAGAGCUCUAUGACACCAGUGCAGUAGAGUUCAGCAUGAGUCAUGGGUGACCAUUUGGAGUCACGGUAGGUAUGGUGUCAUGGAUCUUGCCUCUUUCAGGGGAAGCUCUGCCUCAGGACUUUCCAAAAGAAGUCUUGUUUGGUCCCCCUCCUUCAGGACCCACUGAAGGCAGCCCUGACAGCUUCUGAAGGGGCAAGCCUCUGGCUUGAGAACGUAGCUCCAGUCUGUCCCUGGCUUUCCCAGUGAUCCAUAGCACCUCUGCCUCAGUGCUCCUUCUUUGGUCAGCUUCUGGAAAGGGGGUGUUUUCUUCUUCAAAGGGAGAGGGAUCAGAGUGCCACUGUCCCCAAAAACACAGCAAACAGCUCCACUUCAACAGUUUGUCUUUCCUCAGCUUCCGCUCUGUUCUUUUUGCAAGUAUUCCUUCCUCUGUGCUCUGUCCUCCCCUACGACUACUCUCCCUGUCCUCCUGGGGACUGUCCUGUAUCUUACUCUCUCUGUCCUCCGUGGAACUACCCUUUAUUUCUCCCCUGCUCUCUCAGAGCCUCUCUCCUUCUCUGGCACAGUCAGGCCCACUCCUAACUAAACAGUUACAAAAAUAUAGUGUUAACCUGGAGACUAACACCCAGUUAAAUGAAACAUUAUGUUAUGGACAACCAAUCAUGGGGCAGUCUCUGUGGCCUGUUGCCAGGCCCAGACUGCCAUCUCUCCCUCAGGUAAGAAGGGCAUCUAGAUUUCCUACUUGUGAACUAUCUACAGCAACUGUGUACCUCAACCCAUGCGCACACUGAGCACCCAGAGGGUUCCCCACAAAAACUCAGCCCACCUAACCUCUCUGGUCACAGGUGUGGAGUGGAAAAUGGUGGGAUGCUGAGCACAUGGUAACCUUUGUUGUGCUUUGGUUGAGUGUGCAGACAUGCCUGAAAGUGCUUCAAAAUUAAACGCUUCAUAGAAGUUGCUGUUUUUUGAGGCCUUCUUACAUAAUAACCUGCAUCUUCUCAUGCAUUAAUUCAUGUGCUCCCUUAAUUUAUUGCAACACCCCCCCUACCCCCCGUUUAAUUGCAUAGGAAUCUCUUCAUAGAAUCAUAGAAAAUUAGGGUUGGAAGGGACCUCAGGAGGUCAUCUACUCCAACACCCUGCUCAAAGCAGGACCACCCUCAACUAGAUCAUCCCAGCCAAUGCUGUCUAGCUAGGUUUUGAAAACCUCUAAGGAUGGAGACCCCACCACCUUGUUGGGUAACCUGUUCCAGUGUUUUACUACCCUCCCAGCGAGAAAAUUCUUCCUAAUAUCUAACCUAAACUUCCCUUGCUGCAACUUGAGACCAUUGCUCCUUGUUUUGUCAUCUGCUACCACUGAGAACAGUCUAGUUCCAUCCUCUUUCAAACCCCUUUCAGGUAGUUGAAGGCUGCUAUUAAGUCCCCUCUCAGUCUCCUCUUCUCUAGACUAAAUAAGCCCAGUUUCCUCAGUCUCUUCUUGUAAGUCAUGUCCCCCAGUCCCUUCACCAUCUUUAUUGUCCUCCGAUGGACUCUCCAAUUUGUCCACAUCCUUUCUGUAGUGGGGGGCCCAAAACUGAACACAGUACUCCAGGUGUGGUCUCACCAGUGCUGAAUAGAGGGGAAUAAUCUCUUCCCUUGACUUACCGGCAACAUACCUACCAGUGCAACCCAGUAUGCCACUAGCCUUCUUGACAACAAGGGGACACUGCUGGCUCAUAUUCAGCCUAUUGUCUGCUGUAACCCCCCAGGUCCUUUUCUGCAGAGCUGCUGCCAAGCCAGUCAGCCCCCACCCUGUGUGGUGCAUAGGAUUGUUCUCUCCUAAGCGCAGGACUUUGCACUUGUCCUUGUUGAACCUCAUAAAAUUUCUUUUGGCCCAAUCCUCCAAUUUGUCUAGGUCACUCUGAAUCCUAGCCCUACCCUCCAUCGUAUCUACUGCUCCCCGCAGCUUGUUGUCAUCUGCAGACUCGUUGAGGAUGCAGUCUAUUCCAUCUUCCAGGUCAUUGGAUGAAGACAUUGAACAAAACCGGCCCCAGGACUGACCCCUGGGGCACUCCACUUGAUACUGGCUGCCAACUGGACAUUGAGCUAUUGAGUACUACUUGCUAAGCCCAGUGCUCCAGCCAGUUUUCUGUCUACCUUACAGUCCACUCAUCCAACCCAUACUUCCUCAACUUGCCUCGGAGAAUGUUGUGGGAGACCAUAUCAAAAGCCUUGCUAAAAUCAAGGUACACCACAUCCACCAGUCUCCCUGUAUCCACAGUCAGUCAUAUCAUCAUAGAAGGCAAUCAGGUUGGUCAGGCAUGACUUGCCCCUGGUGAAUCCAUGCUGACUGUUCCUAAUCACCUUCUCCUCUAAGUGCUUAGAAUUGGAUUCCUUGAGGAUCUACUCCAUGAAUUUUCCAGGGACUGAGAUAAAGCUGACUGGUCUGUAAUCCCUUGGAUCCUCCUUUUUCCCUCAAAUAUGGGCACUGUGUGUGCUCUUUUCCAAUCACCUGGGGCCUCUUCUGAUCACCAUGAAUUUUCAAAGAAGAUGGUCAGUGGCUCUGCAAUCACAUCAACCAACUCCCUCAGCACCCUCGGGUGCAUCCCAUCCAGCCCCAUAGACUUGUACAUAUCUAGCUUUUCUAAGUAGUCCAUAACUUGUUCUUUCACUGCUGAGGGCUGCUCACCUCCUCCCCAAACUGUGCUGCCAGGUGCAGUAGUCUGGGAGCUGACCUUGCCCGUGAAGACUGAGGCAAAAAAAGGCAUCGAGCACUUCACCGUUUUCUGCAUCCUCUGUCAGAAGGUUGCCUCCCCCAUUCGGGACACACACUUUCCCUGAUCCUCCUCUUGCUACAGACAUACUUGUAAAAACCCUUGUUGUUAUCCUUCACAUCCCUUGCUAGCUGCAACCCCAGUUGUGCUUUGGCCUUCUUGACUUCAUCCCUGCAUGCCCCAGCCAUGCUCUUAUAUUCUUCUCUAGUUAUUUGUCCAUGUUUCCAAGUGAUGAAAUAUUUCUGGAGAAAUAUGAGAUUACAAAAGCUCUGAUGUACUACUCUUUACCUCUCUAAAAUAUGCACCACCCUUAAAAAAAAAUGUCCUGAUUUGUUUAACUUUGAUGCUCAGCAUUGGAUAAAAUGCUGAAUUUUAUCCAAGGGCAAAAUGUCUUUUAGAGCUCUUUUGGAGCUUCAUGUGACUUUCCAUAAACUGUUUUAACCUGAGCCAUGGUAGCUGUGCCAUUAGCACUUUGGAGAUCCCAUCCUUUGGGGAAAAGAAAAAUUGGUUUGAAUUAAAACCUGCCCGGCACUUUGGAUGGUAGUCUUCGGGAGUCAUUCUGUAUGGGCAGGAGCACGGAGCAGCUUGCCUAAAGAGCCUUUCCCCCUCUCUGCUUUUGUUCAAAGGCAAGGAAAGUCUGUAUCAAGGCUUCCAUCCUAUUAACUCACCUUGUUCUGCAUCCUGGGAUCAGCAUGUGUGUACUGUAUAUCCACUGCCUUCUUCCAUAUUGGCUGAGGAGUGAAAAAUCAAAUGGAAUUCACCUUUUGUGAUUUUUCAGUUGUACUCUAAGGAAAAAUGAGGUGAAUGCUCAGGUCUGGUAACUUUAAGGAAUAACCUUGUAAUGGCAGUGUGGAGUCAUCUCCAAUCCUUUAAGCCAGGACUUCUAGACCAGUUACAGAUUCUAGUUGCACACAAAGGAGCAGUCAAAUUCAAAGACUCAAACCACAGCUUAUUUUAACUCCCAGUCCCUCAACAUUACUAAGUUUUGUUCAUCAGCACUGGGUACAUUGUAAAGUUUUAGUUUGGAUUUGUACCUGAACUCGUGACAAAUCUAGGGAUCCUGUGGUACUGAGCGUAACAUUAAAAUCUGGCAGUUUAAGUAUUUGUGGAGAAAUAUGAGGUUAGAAAAGCUCUGAUGGACCACAAGCACUUUCUGUACCACUCUUUACCUCUCUGAAAUACGCACCACCCUUUAAAAAGUCUCCUUCUUUGUUUAACCUACCAAGGAUGUUUGCCUGUAAGCAUGAAGGAAAUGCCUUAAGGUAAUUGACUUGCUAUAUUUAAUUUGAAUUCCAUAGCUCAUAAAACUAAUGCAACAAUGUGUAACUCUAUGCUAUGUUUAUAGUGGGAAAUAUACUAUUUCUUAGCAUUUAAAGGAAGUAUCUUAAGCAGCAGUAUAUAUUCAUUUUUUUCUUUGACUGGAACAGUAAGAUUAAAUGUGGUGCUCAAUAACUAUAUAACUUACCACCAAAGUUGUUAGAAAAGAAUUAUUCUAAGAGAAUAUUUUAUUUCAAAUGUCCUUUGUAGCAGUAUUAUCAGGGAUUGAAAUUAAGCCAAAAUUUCCACUAGCUGUGAGGCCAGUAAAGAAAGAGAUUAAUUUGCAAGAAAUAAAUGGCUUGUGAAAACUUUGGCCAGGCCAGGUCAGGUAUACCCACGAGAAGGGCGAAACAACCUUUCUGACUUUUAUUGACCUUGACAUCCAGGUGAGACUUAGGUAAGUGACUGCCAUAGCCUGAAGCAGCAUUUAUUACUGUUUAGCCAUACUGAGUAAAAAGCAUACUGAUGGCAAUAGACUUCUCCCUUCUGGUUGCUUUGAAAACUGCGAUAGAGGGACCUCCUGUGAGUUGAAAAAUAGAUUUUCUAAUAUCACGGUAAGCAACAUAGAGAUAGGAGGCACAGAGAAUAGUGGCAGGCAGACUGCUGCUUUUGCUGUUUCUGUCUUCUGUCAGCAUUCACAACACUUUGGUCCUAGGCCACCACUAAUUUCAACCCCUGACUCCAUACGAUUUAGGGAAAAAAGCACGUGUAAUAGUUAAGCUCAGCUGGACUGACUUAAAUGCCACAUAACCUGAGUAAAUAAGCUCUUUAAAAGUGACUUAACAUUUUGAACAGUUUGAAGUAUAUGGUACAAAACUGAAAAUUUAUAAUCUGAGCAGCAUUUAUAAAGCUUCAUAUAAAAAGCAAUGAAUAUUUUUAAAUUUAGUACAUAUCUACUUAGAUAUGCUUGCUGGAAAAGCUAGGUCUGUUGUAGACCAUAAGCUACAAAUUAAGACUUGUGGCUUACUAGUUUUCUUUCUAUAUUUUCUUGGAAAAUGUUUCUAAUUUGUUUAAAUAUAAAGUUAAAAUGUAAAUACUGUACAGUUAUGUAUUGGUUUGCAUUGUGUGUAUACAUGACUCGCAUGAAAAACAUUCUGUAUUCAUCAUUGUUAAUGUUUGCGGUAAUGCUAUAGUUGUGUAAAUCCAUUGUAAUAUUAAUGUUUUCAUUUACCAGUAAAACUUGUUGCUUAAAAACUUGAUGAAAACCUUUCACUCUCAAAAAUAAAAUAUGAAACCAUA